AUUGUCAACAUGCGUGAUAGAUCGCGCGAUGCAGCUGUCGAACCCGUGGAAAAUCCUAAUUACGAGAAAGAUAUAAAUUAUACUAUAGAAAUGUGUCGGUGGUUUUUGAAGCCCAUUGGCGUUUGGCCAUUCGUUUACAGUCGUAUCAGCAAACUGGAAAAAGUCGUUUUAACCAUAUUAUUUGUAACGUGGUUCACAAAUUUGUUGUUUGCGCUCUUACCUCCUAGUCGGUAUAUCCUUUUCGAAGAGAAAACUCUCUAUGUAAGACUAAAAUUGCUCGGUCCAACGAGCUUCAGUCUAUCGUCCACGAUCAAAUACUGUUACCUAAUUCUGAAGGGAAGGACUUUCGAGAAUUGCAUCGUCCACAUCGAGAAAGAUUGGAAAAUGGUCCAGAAUCCAAUUCACCGUGCCAUCAUGUUGAGGAAUGCUUCUAUCAGUAGAAGUCUCAGCACAUUGUGCGCCGUUUUUAUGUACUCCGCGGGAUUGGCGUUUUACACUGUGAUGCCGUUCUUGUCCAAAGGACGGGUGAAAGGGAACCAAACUGUCAGGCCGUUGAUUUAUCCUGGUUACGAUGCAUUCUUCGACACUCAGUCUAGUCCGAACUACGAAAUCAUAUAUGCCAUUCAGUGUAUUUGCGGCAUCAUGAGGUACAGCAUUACGGUAGGCGCGUUCAGCUUGGCCGUGAUUUUUGUAACGCAUAUCUGCGGCCAAAUCCAGAUACAAAUCGCGCGAUUGGAAGAGUUUGCUCAGAGAAAGGAAAAAAUAGAUCCUUCUUAUAAAUCGCUGGACAUCGUUAUUCGAGAUCACGCAGUAAUCUUAGGAUUUUCUAAGGACGUCGAGGAAGCUUUGCGCGAAAUAUGUUUAACUCAGAUCGUGGAGUCGACACUAGUUAUGUGUUUGCUUGAGUACUACUUGUUGAAGGAGUGGGAGAAUAGUGACGCUGUUGCGAUAUCAACCUAUGUCAUUUAUCUAAUUUCGUUCACCUUCAACAUAUUGAUAUUUUGCUACAUAGGAGAAAUUCUCUCUGACCAGUGUAGUCAAAUGGGGCCAGCUUCUUACGAAAUCGACUGGUACAACUUGCCCCCUAAAAAAGCAUGUAACCUGAUUCUCGUGAAUAUCGUAGCUCUCUAUCCAUCGAAACUAACGGCUGGAAAAAUAAUUGAGUUAUCGCUGUAUACCUUCGGCACUGUGUUGCAAACAUCGAUAGUUUAUUUGAAUUUACUUCGGACUGUUGCCGAUUGAUGCUUUAUUGUCUUCGUGCGAGGCACAUAAGUAGUACCGAAUCCCUACAAGACUUGGAUUAUUUACUCAAAUUCAUACGAUGCUGAAUCUUGUUACGACAGAAACGAAUGUCAAUAUACUGGACGAGGCAUCUGACGAUCCCAGCUUGUAAACUAUGUGUUACAAGAAAGAUUGUUAAAUAUACUUGCCGAUUCAUCCUCUGAUAGAAAUAUACGACGUAAAUUGCCCCCCUUCCCCACAUAUCAAUUCUUAUCUUUCAGUGCUUCCUAGAAGAACUGCAUUUCACUUCGUUUAGGUUGUGUAUACUAAAUAACAUAUAAUCCGUAGACA